AUGUCACGUGUGAUUCACGGAAGUUCAGAUCAAUGCUAAUGCGGAAGAGAAAACAACUUAUCGGCUUUGUUUUUUUUUAUGCCGUCUGCUGUCUAACCAAACUGUCAGAAAGGACCGACAGUGGUACAAAUAAUAAUACGUAGGUGAUUUAAAAUAAUAAACGUCAAGUUAAACUAGUUACCUACAUUUUGAACGACGCGGUAACACCCAUGGCUGGCUCAUCGCUGCAGAAAGCUAUAGAUCUUGCAUCCAAGGCAUCAGAGGAGGACAAAGCCAAAAACUAUGAGGAAGCCCUUCGAUUGUAUGAGCAUUCAGUGCAAUACUUCCUCCAUGUUGUCAAGUACGAUGCGCACGGUGACAAAGCAAAGAUUAGCAUCAGGAACAAGUGUAAGGAGUAUCUUGACCGAGCUGAGCAGCUGAAGGAAUACCUUAGUAAGAAAGAGAAGGCUCCCCCAUCCAAGCCAGUCAAAGAGUCCCAGUCUGAUGACAAAGGGAGCGAGAGUGAUGGUGGGGGUGACGAUCAGGAGAAGAAAAAGUUCCAGAAUCAGCUGUCAGGUGCCAUCGUCAUGGAGAAGCCGAACAUCAAGUGGGAUGAUGUUGCAGGGCUCGAGGGUGCCAAGGAAGCUCUGAAGGAAGCUGUCAUACUGCCCAUUAAAUUUCCCCAUCUCUUCACAGGAAAGAGAACUCCCUGGAGAGGGAUCCUAUUGUUUGGGCCUCCAGGUACGGGUAAGUCUUACCUAGCCAAGGCUGUGGCCACUGAGGCCAACAACUCCACCUUCUUCUCCAUCUCCUCCUCCGACCUGGUGUCAAAGUGGCUGGGAGAGAGUGAAAAGUUGGUGAAGAAUCUGUUUUCCUUGGCAAGAGAACACAAGCCAUCCAUCAUUUUCAUCGACGAGAUCGACUCUCUGUGUGGCUCGAGGAGUGAGAACGAGAGUGAGGCGGCGCGCCGGAUCAAGACUGAGUUCCUGGUGCAGAUGCAGGGUGUUGGAAAUGAUAAUGAUGGAGUCCUGGUUCUGGGAGCCACUAAUAUACCGUGGACACUUGACUCUGCCAUAAGGAGAAGGUUUGAGAAGCGUAUUUACAUCCCUCUGCCUGAGGAGCACGCCCGUACCUUCAUGUUCAAGCUGCAUCUGGGCGCCACCCCAACCAACCUGACUGAAGCAGACUUCGUGCAGCUGGGCCAAAAGACGCAAGGCUACUCCGGGGCCGACGUCAGCAUCAUCGUCCGGGAUGCCCUCAUGCAGCCCGUCCGCAAGGUUCAGAUGGCAACUCACUUCAAAAAGGUGCGAGGGUCCUCCUGGAACAACCCAGACACAGUCGUUGAAGAUCUUCUGACCCCAUGCUCCCCUGGUGAUCGUGACGCUAUUACCAUGACCUGGAUGGAAGUUCCUGGAGAGAAACUUCUGGAGCCCGUAGUUUGCAUGGAUGACAUGCUUCGGUCACUGGCCAGCACCAAACCAACAGUGAACGACCAGGAUUUGGAGAAGCUGACCAAGUUUACAGAAGACUUUGGUCAAGAAGGCUAACAACGCUCACACUGGACUCUCGCCAAAUCUUUCCUCUGAAUAUAUAUUUUUUGUAUAUCCACUAGAGCUGUCUAUCCUCCAUGUUUGUGAUGCAAUUAUGUAACUCAUCACCAUUAGUAACUUUACUUUAAUUUACUUUUACAUGGGAUUCAACCAUGUUUUUUUUUUUACUAAUGAAGAAUGUUUUAAUGCCUUUAGAUAAACACUCAAUUUUGCCUUUG